AUGAACGCCAAAAUGGUGAGCUCCCUUUUUAAAAUUGACGGAGAUAGUAACAAGCAGAAAACACUCAACACUAUCCGUGUCAUGAAGGGAGCAAUCAGUGUGUCUAAAAGUAAGACGGGUGAGGUCAUUUAUCGGAGUAACAAACUUGAAAAUGAAGGUCUCCAACGUCAGAUUAAAAGAUUUGAAAAGGCGCGACUUCACCUGAACAGUACCUACGACUCCAAAAAGAGAACAACUCUCAGGCGAUGGGCAUUAGUGUUUGAAAAACAAAAAUCUAUGAAUGAAUCUAUUCGAGAAUUUGAUAUGCUUUUAACACAAGCAAUCGACGAUGUAGACGCCAGUGACCGAAAAGUGUCAACAGCCGAGAGUAAGAAAGACAGUCUUAAACUAGACUUGGCGGACGCAAAACUCGAAGAGGAUGAAGACGAGAAAGAAAGACAAAAAAGUGACGAAGAGAAAGCAGCUGAGUUGAUGAGUCGUCGUGGAAUUACACGAAUACGACUGCAACCAAUAGGGGUGGGAAAAAACUCUCAAAUCAAAGUAAAAACCCCGGAACCGGAAACGCCAGUCAUAGAGGAAGAGUUAUGGCCCUUAGCGGACACCACUUGGGUAAACAAUUACAUCCGUGAUCAGAAGGUCAAACACGAGUCACUUAUCACAAAAAACAUUCUGAAAAAGAUACGAGAAGGACUUACAUCGAAAAAUCCAUUAUUUAGAUUUCGUCUUCGGGCUAACUUUGCUGACGAUCCUAAUGUCAGCAUUGAGAUAAUCAAAUCCGCGCGAGCUGUUCCGCAGACGGCAAGAUCGGCCAAAACGGCACCGACCAUGCCAGCGUUACCAGUGAAAAAAGAUAUUAUAAAACCAAUGACAACGAUGCACGAUUCGUCACUGAACCAGCUCCCACCAAUCAACAUGCUAAGGCGGUCCAAAACAACUGUUUGA